AUGGCCACCAUCGACUCCUCUGUGUUCUAUAGCACCCUAGGCUUAUCGGACAAUGCAUCUCUAACCGAUGUUGACGCGAGAUAUCUCGAACUUACCUCAUUCCUGAGUGGUCCCAAGAACCGAGGAAACCAAGAGGACGCAAAACUGGAACAGGAAAAGGUCGAUAAGGAAUAUCAUACUAUUCUGUCAAAGCUCCUGAUGAGCAAAGAGAAGAUUCAAGAGCGCGUCACAGAGCAUGUUACAGAACCUUUCACAAUGAGACAAGUCAUCAACGCUGAAGAUCGAAUUCUGAUGCCGAACACUGACAACAAGUAUUGGUCGAUAGUUAGACGUCUUCUAGAGACAUCUGAUUCACAAGCCUCAGACGGCAGAAAAGUUGACUGGGUAAAGCCACCAGGCUUUGGUAUUCUAGAAAUCGAGGGGGAUAUUAUUGAUGCUCCAGAUCGAGCAGUUAUUGUUCAUGCGGUCAAUUGUCAAGGCGUCUGGGGAUGUGGAAUGGCAGCACAGCUCAGGAAACAAAUGAAGUUCCCCUAUGCCUUCGGUGUGUACAAAGAUCAUUGUCUGCGAGCUGAAAAGCCAUACGAUCUGAUCGGUACUUGUCUCCUGAUCGAACCCCAGCCUGGGGACUACUCGCACAAAAUGCAAAGAGUCAUGGACAAGUGGGAACCAGAAAACAGCCUUGUGUCCGGAGCCACAGUCGACGGCAAGCGUCACUGGAUAGCAUGUUUGUUCACAAGCGUUGGCUAUGGAAGACCAAACAUGGCGGCAAAUAAUCCAGGGAAAGACCCCCAAAAACUCAUUCUGAAGCACACCAGAUAUGCUCUUGAGGAGCUGAGAACGAGACUCGAAGGUUUUGGGCCGUCCAAUCUUAAUGAGGAGACCAACUGGCAAGCCGAUGACAUGAAACCUGGAGAACUUUGGAGUGGGAAAUUCAACAGCGGCGCUUUUGGAGUGGACUGGGAAAUGACCCGCGAUAUCUUGGAAGACGAAUUUGAAACCUUUGAACGGCCUUGGACUGUGAUAAGGAAGUUCAACAAGAGUGAUUGCGAGUCUCCAGAUACUGGUGGGAAUGGACACGCCCAGCAGAGUUCUCGUCAGCAUUCUCGCUGGGGCCUUACACGUUAA